AUGGCACCUGUGAAAAAGCCUGUGGCGAAGGGAGGGGGGCAAAAAAAAAAGAAGCAGGGUCUGAAGUUCACGCUGGAUUGCACCCACCCUGUAGCAGAUGGAAUCACGGAUGCUGCUCAUUUUGGGCAGUUUCUUCAGGAAGGAAUCAAGGUGAAUGGGAAAGCCGGUAAUCUCGGGGGAGGAGUCGUGACCAUUGAAAGAAGCAAGAACAAGAUGACUGUAACCUCCGAGGUGCCUUUUUCCAAAAGGUAUUUGAAAUAUAUCACAAAAAGAUAUUUGAAGAAGAAUAAUCUACAUGAUUGGUUGCAUGUGGUCGCCAAAAGCAAAGAAAGUUAUGAAUUACGUUACUUCCAGAUUAACCAGGAUGAGGAAGAGAAGAAAGAUGAGGAUUAA